AUGAAGUUCGGUCAGGACUUUGAAGCUGCGCUUGCACGCGGCGAAUAUCCCCCAGAGUGGGUGAAUUCUGCAAUCUCCUAUAAGAAGCUCAAGAAAUGCAUCAAGCGAGUGCAACAAGAACUUCUGAGCCUCGGGCUGGAUAAGGAAACCCUGGAUGCCCUGUGGAAGCACGUUGGCUCAGGUGACUCGGAUGCCGACGGAAGAAUAAGCGAUGGUUUGCUGCAGUAUACAGUCGAGGAUGGCGAGACAGUCAACUUCACGCCCAAGCUGACAAUUGUUGUUGACCCUCAUGAUGGCUCUCCUUUGGAUGCAUGGCUGAGUCCCGAUACGCGGAGGAUCUUACGACGCCUUGCCAGAUCAUCAAACCCUUACAUUGAUCAUAAUCAACGCCAGGACGAAUCUCCCCACGGGAGAACCAGAUUCUACAACCACCGGAACAGCGAGAGUGGGCAAUCAUUGGAUAACGAGGACGGUCACCCUUUGAACACGGUUGAAGUUCCUCUGACCGCAGAUUCAGAAUUCUUUCAAACACUCCGCCGAGAAUUGGCAUGUCUAGAUGACCUUCAACAAGCCGAGUACGCCCGCCUCAAGGAGGAAAUCGCUCGACUAGGCACUCAACUCCGUGCUCUGCGAGCUAGCAAGUCAAGACGAUCCAAAAAGGAGGUCGAAGCCUGGCGGAGGAUCUUUGAACUCUAUACUGAUGCCGAGGUCUUCCUAUCCUCUCAUGAGGCUGACGCAGGGGCUCGAGAUGCUACACAUGCUCAAAACCAGUUCCAACUCUUCAAUGAGUCCCUGGCUGCGCACCAAAAGAAGACUGUUGUAAAGCUCGGACAAGAAGCCAACGUGGCUUUGUCUCGAUUCCUCCAGAUCAACGUCAACCUUUUGCGGCUGAUCAGAUUCCAAGAAAUCAAUCGCACUGCUCUUAACAAGAUUAUGAAGAAGUUCGAUAAGCGCACGGCUUUGUAUGCGAAAUCUUCUGUGGCGCGAUCACUCACAAAAACCUCUCCGUUCAUGGUUGAAGAUUUGGCCAAGGCCACAUGCUUUACCAUUUCCGAGGAAGUGUUGAGCAUCAUCCCGCAGCUCAACGAUUACUUGUGUCCGAUAUGCUUUAGCAUCUCAUGGAAGCCGGUCAAAUUACGUUGCGGCCACCUGUUUUGCAUCAGGUGUAUGGUUGUCCUACAAAGGGAGGCGAAAGAUCAUUGCCCUCUAUGUCGAGAGGAGGUUGUCAUGGAAGCGACCGAAAAGAAUAUCGACCAAACACUGGUCAAAUUUCUCAAAUCCAAUUUUAAAACCGAUGUGAGGGAGAAGCAAAGGCAAAACGAGAUUGCAGCGGGAAUCGAUCAAUGGGGAGCUGCUUAUGAGCAUGCGACAAUGCAGAAAUGCAUCGUCAUGUGA